AUUCCCACUCAAAUCUUUUUUCCCUCUUCUCUCACUUAAUCCAACAGAGAGAGAGAUAGAGUGAGUUAGUUACUCUGUAUUGAUAGUAAAAAUGCAGACAAAGAAGCUCCUUUUCUCCAUAGUCUCCUUCCUUCUCUAUGCUCCAUUGAUCUUCUCUUCACCAGUUCCAGACCCAGAAUCUGUCGUCGAAGAAGUUCACAAGAGCAUUAAUGCAUCAGUUGCCGCAAGAAGGAAGCUAGGCUACCUCUCAUGCACCACAGGCAACCCCAUCGACGAUUGCUGGCGAUGCGACCCACACUGGGAGACAAACCGUCAACGUCUCGCCGACUGCGCCAUAGGUUUCGGCAAGAACGCCAUCGGCGGCCGUGACGGUCGUAUCUACGUGGUGACCGACUCAGGAAACGACGACCCAGUGACCCCCAAACCCGGAACGUUGAGACACGCCGUGGUUCAAGACGAGCCGUUAUGGAUCAUCUUCCAACGAGACAUGACCAUUCAUCUCAAAGAAGAACUCAUCAUGAACUCUUUCAAGACCAUAGACGGUCGUGGCGCGUCCGUACACAUAGCUGGUGGGCCAUGUAUAACGAUUCAGUACGUGACGAACAUUAUCAUACACGGGAUUCAUAUACAUGACUGCAAGCCAGGUGGCAACGCUAUGGUGCGGAGCUCCCCACGGCAUUUCGGGUGGAGAACGAUAUCGGACGGUGACGGUGUGUCUAUCUUUGGAGGGAGUCAUGUUUGGGUUGACCAUUGUUCGUUGUCAAACUGUGAUGAUGGGCUUAUUGAUGCUAUAAUGGGCUCCACGGCGAUUACUCUGUCUAAUAAUUACAUGACGCAUCAUGAUAAGGUUAUGUUGCUUGGGCAUAGUGAUACUUACGCUCGUGACAAGAAUAUGCAAAUCACUAUUGCUUUUAACCAUUUUGGUGAAGGUCUUGUUCAGAGAAUGCCAAGGUGUAGACAUGGGUACUUCCAUGUGGUGAACAAUGACUACACACAUUGGGAGAUGUAUGCUAUCGGUGGAAGUGCUAAUCCUACGAUCAAUAGUCAAGGGAAUAGAUUUGUGGCCCCGAAUAUUAGAUUUAGCAAAGAAGUGACUAAGCACGAGGACGCGCCAGAGAGUGAGUGGAAAAGCUGGAACUGGAGAUCUUCUGGUGAUUUGUUGCUAAACGGUGCGUUUUUUACGCCUUCUGGUGGUGCUGCCUCGUCAAGCUAUGCCAAGGCUUCGAGUCUUGGGGCUCGACCUUCUUCUCUCGUUGGACCAUUGACGGUGGGCUCUGGUGCACUGAAUUGCCGUAAGGGUUCACGUUGCUGAUUGUGGUGGUUUUCAGUGUCGGUUUUUUAGCUGAUUAAAAAAAAAAUUAUAUAGUAAAGGCAAUUAAAGCACCAAUUAAGGGGGUUAAGUAAUAACUUUACUUACUCCUUAAUUUACUCUCUUUUGAUUUUUUCUUCUUUUUGGAGGUUAAAAUUAAGGAGAAUACAACCUCUGGCUUGCUUCUUUUAGGAUCCUUGUAAGGAUUCUCUGUUUUAAGGAAUCUUUUAUUAGGUUAAAAUUGUAGGAACAAGGGCAGAUGUGUUGAUCUUGAUAUUAAUAUAAAUAUAAUUUGUGUCUUCUCGUUUAUUUCUCUUAUGAUAUGUUUGUCUGUAGUGAGCCAUCGCAAAAUUGUUCCAAAAGUAAAAAAAAAGCCAUUGCAAAAUGAUGAUAUGAUACAAAAG